UGUGUCAAUAGUAACCGUCCCUGUGGGGUUGUAGCGGCCAUUAUCAUCCAGUGUGUACAAGCGUACGCUUUUAUACCGCUGAGAAAGAAAGAGGCGUGAGAAGAGGAUAUACGUUUUCGAGGUUUUUAUCGUUGAGUUUGCGCUGUGGUGUGUUUAACUGCUCUGAAGAGUCGGCUAUAUUUUAGCUCUUCAGCGUUCGUCUCGUCUCGUGCACUCCAGCCCCUGGGAGGAGGAGGAGGAGGAGAAGCAGGUUUCAUCAGCCACCUUUAACCGUCUGUCUGUCUGCUUAAACUAAGAGGCGUUGUUUAAAUUUAGAGUCUUGUUCCCAUUUAGAUGGCAAGCUUUCCAGAUUUUGUCAACGAAAGUGAAAUUGCUAAAGCCAAGUUCAUCGGAGAGCUUUUAGCUCCUGUUGCUCCUUUUGACCAGAAGUCUGGACGGGAGACGUGGACUGUGGCUUUUGCUCCUGAUGGUUCUUAUUUUGCUUGGUCUCAAGGACACCGCAUUGUACGGCUCAUACCAUGGUCAAAAUGCAUGAGCAGCUUCUCUGUGAGGAAGGAGGAGUGGAUAAAUGGCGCAGGACCCAGACGUUUGUCUCGGCAGAGUAGCGACAGUGCCCUAGUGCCUGGUGAGCCUCGAGAGCACACCAUCGACUGUGGUGACAUCGUGUGGGGGCUGGCGUUUGGUUCCUCCGUUCCUGAAAAACAGAGCCGCUGUGUGAACAUUGAGUGGCACCGAUUUAAAUUCGGACAAGACCAGUUGCUGCUGGCUACUGGUCUCAACAAUGGCCGCAUCAAGAUCUGGGAAGUGUAUACAGGAAAACUUUUGUUGAAUCUGAUGGAUCACACAGACAUUGUGCGGGACCUAACCUUUGCUCCAGAUGGCAGUCUUGUGCUGGUGUCUGCUUCCAGAGACAAGACAUUGCGUGUCUGGGACCUCAAGGAUGAUGGUAACAUGAUGAAAGUGCUUCGUGGGCAUCAAAACUGGGUGUACUGCAGUGCCUUCUCCCCAGACUCCUCAGUGCUGUGCUCUGUGGGUGUCGGCAAAGCGGUGUUCCUGUGGGAUAUGGAUAAGUACACUCUUAUUCGUAAGCUGGAGGGCCACCAUAAUGAUGUGGUGUCCUGCGAGUUCUCUCCCGAUGGAGCCUUACUGGCCACAGCCUCCUAUGACACCCGUGUCAUAGUGUGGGAUCCUCACACAGCCACUGUAUUGCUUGAGUUGGGGCACCUCUUCCCUCCUCCUUCUCCCAUAUUCGCAGGGGGAGCGAAUGACCGCUGGGUUCGCUCUGUGGCCUUUUGUCAUGAUGGCCGCCAUAUUGCCAGUAUCACUGAUGACAGGUUGGUGCGGUUUUGGAGCAUCGAUGAGAAAUCUCCCCAGGCCAUCACCUCACUCACUAAUGGCCUCUGCUGUGCCUUCUCCACAGAUGGAAGUGUUUUAGCUGCUGGUUCACGUGACGGCAGUGUUCAUUUCUGGGCAUGUCCACACAGCAUUCCCAGUCUGCAGCACUUGUGUCGCAUGGCACUGCGACGAGUACUGUCCACGCAGCAAGUCUACACGCUGUCCAUCCCUCAGUGCAUUCAAGAAUACCUGGCCUACAGGAGCUUCUAGCCUGGGAAGCACAGCACAGCACAUGGUCAAGUCAAUAAGACAGCCUUUAUAAGAAAAUGGAGGGGGUUGCAAAAAAAACAACAACACAUACACAGAUGUAGUGAGCAUCUUCUGUUAAUGGGCCUGAGGCUGUACUUAAUGACUUCAGUGUUUCAAAGUAAUUUUUGUAAGUGGUAUAAAGCUCCUUGCACAUUGUCAGUACUUUCUUUUGGUGAGGGGGUUUUUAAAUCUAUAAGCCUUCUCAUUUGCUCUCUCACCCAUAUCAGCUAGUGGCCUUUAGACAGCCUUAUCAACAUCACUUUCCUCCCUUUUUUUUUUUUUUUCUUUCUCCUGGCACAACUUGUUCAAAAAGCUAUGGUGCAACUUUCAAGAAUGAGCCAGCUGUAAUGUCCUCUUUCUGUUAGAUAUGAAUGAAUGUUGGCUGACUUGAACUGGUGUUUUCUCAAAAGUAUCAGCAUUAAGUUGGGGAAGGAGAUAGAGAAGUGUGUUAGAAUGAAACAACGACAUACUUUUUCUACAUGUACAGUGGUGUGUUUGUGCGAGAUGUAUAUUCAAGACGAGUUUAACAGAUCAGGGAUCUAGGCAGUGCCUCGAUAGCAUCAGAAAUUCCUAGGGCUGUAUGUCCAUACCCAGAUGCUGCCUCAGUACCAUAGCAUCCGAAAUUCCUAGGGCUGUAUGUCCAUACCCAGAUGCUGCCUCAGUAACAUCAGCCUUUUUAUCAACCUCCAUGUCCCUGACAAUGUAGUGGAAUUAAUUUCCUUUUUUUUUUUUUUAAUUUUUAUUUUUAAUAUGUACAGACAUUUUGUAAAGAAACAUUUUUGUGUGCAUGUGUAAAUGUAUGUGUAUAUAAAGGGGUUUUUUUCCCCCCCUCCUCUGCUGAAUCGAAGAAUGUAAGAUGCUUCUGUUGCAUUAUGUGCAUGUAUAAUAUUAUACAUUUCAUGCUCCUACUGUGAAACGCCAGAGACAGGCUUGAUUCUGAGCUGGUUGUAAAACAGAAGAAGUUUUUUGGAUCUUCAUCAACAAAAACAAUAAUAUUCCCUCUCCUCCAGAUAGAUGCUUAUUUAAAGGUUGGUAGGCAAUCUCUCUCUCUCGAAUAUAAAAAUGUGGUGCUUGUUUGCUAUCAAACAGCACACUUAAAAUGUCAUCCUAUGUUUAAGCCUCUGCUAUCAGAGAUCUACCUCCUAGAUUAGCUUGAAUCUGGUGAAGGCUCAGUAUUUACAUGCAGUUUAACAGCUCUUGGUGUAACUUUAUUGGUAGUAAUGUUUAAUUCUGUCUGUUCUAGCUGAUUUGAGGAGAAGCAAUGAGGGGCUAUGUGCUCAGCAUAUGGUUGUGUUUUCUAUCAAUGUGCCGGCAAAGAAUCUUAGCAAUAAACUAUUCAUUGUAACCGUUUGAGCCAAUGCCAAAGAUCUUUUAUUGUAUUUUUGGCACUCAGUAUUUUUUUUCCUCUCUCAUCUAUUUAUGGCAAAAACUUGAAAAAUCCUGUAAACAGUUGCCUUUUUUUUUUAAAUUUAUUUUAUUUGUGCUUAAGCCUUCUGUUGAGUGAGUUUCUUGUCAAAUGCAUAUGGGAGAACUGCUUCAGAACACUGACAUCUGCAGUGUCAACUGUGACUGCAUGAGCUAGCACACUUUUUUUUUUUUUUUAAUAAUAUAACGUUUUCUGUUCUGCAUUGCAAGCGUUUCCAACAUAUUGUAUACAACAAAAGCAACUGGAGUAGUCUAUAGAAUAAGUUUUUGGUUUUGUAUAUUUGUGUGUGGUUUUUGUAGUUGAAAUAAAGGCUUGUUUCACAUAAAACCGUAAA